GAGUUCUCACAUCGCUUCAUUCGAACGUCCAUCAUCUUGUCUCCCAUACAGAACUCAACCCCCACUCAGUUUCUUAUCCUUGUUUCCUCUCGUUGCAUGAGCGUGCAGAACCUUACCACCUUUGACCCGUUCGCCGACGAGGCCGACCCUCUUGGCGCAAGCUUGGAUGUCGGGUCGCAGUCGAAUUACAUCCAUAUCCGUAUCCAACAGCGGAAUGGGCGUAAAACGCUGACGACGUUGCAGGGCCUGCCAAAGGAGUACGACGCUAAGAAGCUCCUGAAGGCAUUCAAGAAGGAAUUCGCCUGCAACGGCACCCUCGUCGAGGACGAAGAGAUGGGCCAAGUCAUCCAGCUCCAGGGUGAUCAGCGGGCCAAGAUAUUCUCCUUCCUCACUGAAGAAGGUAUCCCCAGGGCCACCAUCAAGGUGCACGGAUUCUGAGUUCGACGUUGGAGGGUAAAGGAAGGUCGACAGGAUCAUUUGUCUGCCUCUGAUCUUCCGACGUCGACGCAAUACGCACGACUUCACUCGCGUUUCGGAUUUUGAUGUGUUUCUAUCGUUUUCGUUCUGCUUUUUCGAUUCUCUUAUUCUGUGUCGAUGUACCGAAUAUCAUGAUUUCUUACCAAGUAGCCAAUUUGUUGUUGUGUCGAAUGUAUGCCGUAAAUUUUGAAGCCCCAAGUGAUCUGUGCGCUCAGAAGUACCAGAGCACUCGGCGUUGUCU